CAGCACACCAAUGCGUUCAUCGUGUACUGCCCAGGAAUGUUCCGCUCCGAGGAAAUGACCACCACCACAGCAAGAUGGCUCAUCGACAUUGGAAGAUAUGGAUGAGACUCGCACUCAUACCCUUCGCCCUGCUAUCCUCAUCCAUUGCGGACUUCACCACAGAAUGCCAAAGACCCUGCGACUGCCGAUGGCAAUCCGGCAAUAAAGCCGCCAUCUGCUCCAACUCCAGCCUAAAAGUCAUCCCUGCAAACCUCAGCAGCGACAUCCAAAUACUAGACCUCUCAAAUAACCAUCUAGAACAAUUACACCAAGAAGCCUUCAAAAAAGUCGGCCUCAGCAACCUCAAGAAACUCUUCCUCCGAGAGUGCAGUAUCGACACUGUCCACAAGCAAGCAUUCACAACUCUAGCCAUCAUGAUCGAGUUGGAUCUAUCGAAAAAUAAGAUCCGCUAUCUGCACCCGGACACGUUCAAAGGCACCGAGAAACUAAGAUUAAUAAACUUGAGCAAUAACUAUAUUGACAAGCUGGAAGACGGCAUAUUCCGCAAUUUGAAGUUCCUUCAGAAAGUAGAGGUGAGCAAUAACAGGAUAGUCAAGAUCGGGACGAGGGCGUUCGUCAAUUUGCCCCAGUUGAAGAUCCUGAGAUUCGACGGGAACAAUUUGAGUCACAUGAAGCCGGAAACUUUGAUGGCGCUGAGAAAUUUGUCGGGCUUGGAUUUACACAACAACCCGUGGCGGUGCGAUUGCAACCUGCAAACAUUUAGAGACUGGGUGAUCAGUCAUAACUUGUACACGCCGCCAACUUCGUGCGCCGAGCCUGCGACGGUGAGAGAGAAACUUUGGAACGAAUUAGACUCUUCGAACUUCGCUUGUCGGCCUACGAUACUCGAGCCCCUCCCGGACUCGACAGUCAAAAGUUACGAUGAAAACGUGACUCUGACUUGUAAAGUCGUCGGGAAUCCGACGCCCGAAGUCGUGUGGCGGUUCAGUGGGAAAACAAUUGAAACGCGCGCGUUCGGUGAGAUCAGAUACGUUAUGACAGAGAAUACUGUGGAUUUGAUUAGAUGGGUAAACUUGACUAUUCUACACGCUCGAUACAGCGAUAGAGGAAACUAUACAUGUGUAGCUGAAAACCCUGGAGGUAGAGAUGAGAAGACGCUCACCCUUGUUCUUUCUAAGUACUCAGGCGCUGGAACUAUAGCGGGGAUGGACGCCGACUCGUUUGCUAUACUAGUCGGCUGCUUGAUAGCGAUAGUGAUAAUUUUCGGGGCGACCCUAUUCGUUUGCUAUUAUACUACGCAGAAUAAUGAAAUUAAAAGACUGAUUAAGACCGACACGCGGUCGUCUAAUGGAGACGUGUUGAUAGAGGGGUCUGUGGCUUCUGAGAUAGACAAGGGGUUCAAGACCGAGGUGAACCCUAUCACGAAGCCUCCUAGGAAGUUUGAGCCUCCGCCGUCCUUAACGUGCAAAGCAACAGAGAUGUCAGAGCUCAACAAAACGUUGCUGGACAACGACUCCAUUUUAGCCUCUAAUGAAGAUACAAGCAGGCACGCUGAUAUAGAAAUGCCGAAGAUCUCGCAAGAAACUCUUCUCAUGGAUCACCUCACUCAAGAACACCAAGCGUAUCCUCCAGACCUCCUAUCGUUUCCAUUACGAGGAUCCACGCAAAUAUCUCCAGCAGGGGGCAGCACUUCAGGCCAGGAGAGAAUAGCUCACAGAAACCUUGACAGCCCGUUGAAAUCGCCAGGGUAUGGCGUCACAGCUAUUCCUUCUAUGUAUUCUAGAUUCCAGUCUCCAAAUUUCCAAGGAUCGACGCCGUUGAUCGGCUCGAAAGCUGGCUACGUGACUCUUCCUAGAAGACCAAAGGAGAACAUUCCAGAAAGCAGUUUGCGACCUCAAGUCUUCUCCACUUUGAAUGGCGUGGUUCCUUAUUAUGACCACUUAAACUCCAGACUAUUUUCUUACGGAGGACAUUACUACAGUUUGAACAAAAGCGAGAUGGAUUUAGGUCCGAUCAGUAAAAUGGGGUCUGGUUUCUUGGAUUCGGAAGAAAUCGAGCCAGCUCCAUCUCCUGCGCCUGGUACUCCUCAUGCUACCAUUCCAAGGAACAGCCUGAGUUCUCCGAACAUCCACAACCAAUUGCUGAUGCUGCAAGCUAUGUCUAUGGCCCAGGGUCGAGGGAAGAACUCUGAGACGAGGCCUCUGAAAGUCAUGCUCUCUGAAAGUGAAAGUCUCCUGAAGAAUCCAAGGGAUCUGCGAGUGGGGUACAGUGUGAACGUGGUCAGUGGUACUUUAGGUAGGACAAAAGUUCCCAAACCUCCUCCAAAACCUCGGAAGAGGAACUCUUGUGAAGUGAAAGAACCGUUCCUGUUAAACGCUGGUGAGAAUGCCACGCAAGUGUAGAUUUAAGCGUAUAAUAAUAUAAGGUGUGUUUUUGCUUGACUGUGUUCCAGCUUUAAUACCUAUUUACAUAUAAACCAGCACAUUAAAUACACACGAUAAUAAACCCGAUGUCCUUUGGGAUUUAAAGUUAAUGGCUUAGCUGGGACACAGUUUUGCUUAAAUACGUCUUAAGUUUUUGUAUCUUUUUAUAAGUUAUCUUCAAGUGAUAUUUACAAGGUAAUCAUAAUUGGCCAUUAUCAAUUUGCUUCAUUUAUGAUGUUUAUUUUAAUUUAAGAUUUAAUUCCUAAGAAAAAAGAUAAGAUAGAGAAGUUACAAAGGCAUUUGCAAACUGACUCAAUCAAAGGACAAUAGUACAUAAUAAUCCUAAAUACAAUUAUGUAGAGUAAGUACUUAGAUUCAGUCAGGUUUUAAACUCAAUUAAGUAAUUUAAACUUAGGAAGUGUCCUAAGUUUUAUGUCACCUAAUUUGAUUAUUUGACUCCUAUUCUUCCUAAAAAAAUAAAUUUUGUUGUUUUAUAUUGCAACAUAGGUCUGAAAUAGUACUGGUAUGUUGUUGCAAUUCAUGAAGACGAGUGAGCUUUACAUGUCUGGUGGCUCGCUACUGUCGUUUUUCAAAAGUUUUGAUAGACAUUACACUAUCGUUAUGUGCUUCUACACGUAUACACACAAGUAAAGCUCACUCGCCUUCGUGAGUUGCAAGAACUAUAAUACUUAUUAGAAAACCUACUACUACAUCUAAUUUUUAUAACAAACAACUAUACAUACAUAGUUGGGUAAAACUUUCCCCAAGCAUCCAGAAAUCAUAUAAAAUCACAGUUAUUUUAAUUUAUUUAAACUAAAUCAGAUGCAAAAUUACAAGUAAAAGAAAGACAAUUUAGUAUUCUUACUUUUAUAUUUAUUAAAAUACUGGGGAAAUUUUAUUAAAAUGUGUUAAUUUGAGUUUAAAGUUGUGCCUGGGUUAACUCAGUCGGUGCUUUGGUAAAUUGGUUUUGUUUGUAAUCCUAAUUACUACCGCCAAUUAAAAUUAAAAUUUAUUGCUUAGAUUUUUUUAUUAUGAGGACUUGUUUUGUAUGUUUUAUUAAUGCAUCAUAUUGUAAUGUUAUAUUUUAAUUUUAAAGAUUAUAUAAACGUGUUACUCCUUCAUGUAAGUACUACGUAUUAUUAUAAUUUUAACUAGUAGUUUUAUAAAUGGCUAGCGCAAAAGCCGAAUGAAAUUUAAUGUCCUCUCGACCAAAUUAUACUUAUGUCCGUUUUUUCACCAUCAAUCCCUUCUAAUUCCCCUUCUCCCUUCCAAUUUUUAAGUGACCCCUAUGAAAAAAAAUGCUAUUAAGUGUUACCAUAAGGGUCACUUAAAAUUAGGGAUUGAUGGUGAAAACGGGCAUUAGUCGAAGGUACUAUGUUCAAAUUCUUGAUCACAAUUGUUACUCCAAUUCUAGAUUUAACCUGAUCGAGGUAACUGCGCACUUCGUUGGAAUGCGACUCUCCCUCGCACUUACCCGCUCACCUCCCCGCCUUCGCCCCGUUCGUACUAGGCUUGUUCUUACUCGGACACUGAACGGAUCGCUCCGAACUAGUACAAUCGGUCAAAUGAACUAGUUCGGUCUUCUAGUACUAUUAGUUCAUUUUAGUACACUGAUUCUAUUAGGUAGAUCGAACGAAAAAAGUCUUUAUUUCUAUGUGUUUAUGGUCCAAUAUCGAAAAAUACUCGCAACACAAUUACAGAGCCUUACCCAUCUCACUCGCGCUCACAUGUCACUAAUCUCACGUCUCAUUCUAGCACUCCUACUUAGUUCAUUUAGUACCGAUUUUUUUAAUCAGAUCGGACGAAAAACGUCUUUAUUACUAUCACCUUAUAGUAGAAUGUCGCAAAAUACUCGCAAUACACUUACAGAGCCGAAUCCAUCUCGCUCCCGCGCGCUUGUAACCAAUUUCACGUCUCGUUCACACCUAUUCAUUCGUGAUCAGCUGUACUAAAGUGAACUAAAAGACCGAUUUGAACGACCAAUACGGAAUAGUUCGUUCUCGUUCACAUCUUUAUGUGUAAGUACAUGUACUACACAAGCCUAGUCCGUACCAGAGCGUCGAUGUGACGUCACUGUCGCCAAGUGCGAAGUUAACUCGACUGUGUUAUAUAAUAACCAGAAUUUGUUUUGUGACCCUAUUUAUUAAGAAACUCACUCCAAUGAUUAUUAAGUUUUAUGAUGUCUACUUAUUUGUUAAUUAUAUUUAUAUGAUAUUUUUUGUAUAACCUACGAGUAUGCGCCUAAAAUGGAGGAAAAGAUUUCAAUAUCUGUCUUUUUAUGUUCGUUGGAAAAUGAAAAUACUUAUUGUAAAUUAUAAUAAUAGAACUCAAAUAUUGGUGCUUAUACGAAUAAUAACUAAAUUGCAUUGGUUAUACUCUUCCAAGCUUUCUUUCAUACAAUCAAUAAAUAGGGAAAUAGAUGUAUAUAAUUAGUUGAUUUGUAUAAAUUAUAUAGUUAAAAGAUUUAUUGGAUCGACAGUAGAAAAGAAAUAGUGGAAUUUUACAUUUUCAUUGAAGACAAUGGCUCUAUAAUAUAAAUUAAAUAUUAUAUAAAAUGUAUAAAUGUAAAUAUUAGGUAAACAAAUUAUGUAUAUGAGAAUAAUAAUUAAAUUAUAUUAUUAAUAAAAUAUGGUCAAGUAAAGAGAGAAUGCUAGAUGGACCAAAUCGGGGUGAAUGAAUUGUGUAUAUUAAAAGGUGUAAUUAAUAAAUACAAUUUGAAAUUU